UCCGUUUUCUGAAGAGCUCCGGUCCUUGUUUUGUGACAGGCCGCUCUCUCCGGAGGGAGGCAGGUAAACUCUCUGUGCUUCUUUCUGGCUCCGGCUCCACUCGCUACAGGUGGUUGUAGUAUUUUCCGGGUUUUUAUUUGUACUUUUUCCUACUUUUCCUUGUGAUUUUUUUUCUUUCCAGCCUGCACUGUGUCUGGUUGAAUUUGAAUAGACUUUAGGAGGCAACGUCUGCAGUGUACAGCAGCACAAAGUCCCCAUGCUUUGAAAAUCAGAAUAUGGCGGGAUUCAAGGAUUAUUCCUCAACCGCGGGGAGGGAGUUGGUGUUGGGUUUGUUUUAAAGCUUUGUUUUUCUCGGCGUGAACACUUUUCGGUCCCGCUGGAGUUAUUGGUAUGAAAUAAAUAUGCCCUUUCACCAGAGGACUAUCGAGCCCCGCCGUGUGAGCAGGCUAUCGGCGAAGAAGGAUGGCUGGAAACCGAGGGAGGAAGCCGGCAAACGCAAACUGCGAAAACCCGUUUUGUUCUCAUCGCUGGAUGAGGUUGGCUGUCAUACGCUGACUAACGUAAUACAUCAACUUUCCGACCUUUCCCGACAUGCCAGCGACAUCUUCCUGGGCAUCGAGAUGGAGGCGGGGAUGGUGUUUAGAAGAUCCUGCAGGAUCGAGGGGCGCCUGCAAAUUCUGCAGGAUGAAGUCCACAAGCUUGAUCCCAAGAAAAUCAAAAUCCGUUCAAAAGUGACUGCAGAGAAAAUGAUAAGCCGAACAGGCAGACAGAUCCCAGACAGAGGUGGAUGGGUGUAGGGGUGCCCAAUACAUGACAGCAACCAGUCCCUGUCAUGACUCGACUGCUCCCAUUUUCUGUACCUGUUGGAAGUUUUGAUGCGGUUUUAGGCGGGACUGGGAGCUCUUUCUGAAAGGGUUUGUCUCAUUUAAAGACCUGAUUCAUCGGAAGCCGAAGACGAGGUGUGAGAGAGUAGGCAGGAAUGCGGUGUGUUAUGUUGCGAUCUGCAGUUCCCACACACCCUCAAGGCCGUGUGUUAGGUUUACGGAAGCGCUGAGUCUAGAUUUAUUACAACGCAGACACUGAAGCUCAACGCCAGCUUUUUCCACACAUGGAAACACCUGCAUUUUUUUUUGAAAGUGCCCUCCAGCGUCAAUCCAUGAAAAGAGUCCUUGAUUUGAAUAUGCCAGAACACCUGGCAGAGUUACUUUGAAUUUGGUAUUUGAAUAAAAGUUACUGUGUCAUGCACAUGACUCCAGGAAACAAAGCAUUCUUUGCCAUGUUGUGCUAUUUUACAGCUGUUUCUCACUGGUUUACAAAGUGAGGAGCGGCUGUUAAAUGACAGUGUUUAGAGUUGGUGUUUACCUCAAAUCCUUGAUGAGACAUAAUGGUAUGUUGCUUGUUGGGUAGUGCUGACUACCCAACCCUGAGGAAUGCACUGUAUUACAUAAAUUUACCAGCCUGCUUGUAAAUAUCUGCGGCUGGUCACCCUGUUGUCUUCUGCUUCUGUGGCUCAGGGUUCCUACCCUAACCUCAGAGCUCAGAGUCGGAUCAUGUUACUGGUGAGGGGCAAGAAGAGGGGCUUCUGGAAGACUGACAUUGAAAGAAGGGCGUAGUAAGAGUGUGUGUUCGUGCACUCCUACCUCUACACUCAAUGUAAUCAGUGGCAGUUUGAACAUAGACAUGAUAGGAAAAUGGGAUUUCCUCAUUGUGUGUAUUUUGUCUGCUUUAUUCCACUGUUAAUCCAUCUGUUCUGAAGGAGCGGGCCCCAGAGCAAAGGUCACAGGUCAUCCUCUUGUGCCUCAGCGGGGAACACCUGACACUCAGAGUCAAGAGUUUAAACAAAGUCUAGUUUGGUUAGCUUGGAUUUCUGCAGGCUGCCAACAACGGCCACUCCUGCUAAGUUUGGCACAUGGAUCUCGUUUGCUCCACCCUGGUGUAUUACUUGUAUUAAGUGCAAUUGUAUUAAUAAUAUUAAUAAAGCUAAUGCCAUGGAUACUAGAAAUAAAACCAGUUUCAAGUCCCUUAACCAUGCUGUUUGUUCCAGAUGAAGAUGUAUUAUUAUGCUUUUACUAAUCCAAACAUCUAUCUCCCUAGCUUUCUCAUCAAUACUUGAUUUUUUUGGAGCUCAUGCUGAUACACAGACUCAUAAAUACAGUUCAAGUCAGACACCGUUCAUUGACCGUAUCCCUCCACUACCUAUUUCCUGUCAUUUCUCCCCCUUCAUCUCUACAACCCAUCUUUUGUUCCUCAUGAGAAAAGUUCGACCUUGAGAACCACGCCAGGCUCUGCUUCCCCCAGAGGUCCGCGCACCUCUGUACACCGAGUAGCCGGAGAGCUUCUCUGCGAUGUCACAAGCUUGACUUUUACUUGAAGUAUGGAUUUAGCUAUACAUUAAAAACGUAUUCUUUUCUGCCAAAUAUAACUCUGUGUUGAUUUGGGAGUAUG